CGCAUUCCUUCCUCCCCAUUUUUCAUCACUCCCAAAUCCCAACUAAGUCCACCUCGAUCGAAUUAACCCCAAAUGGCUUCCUUCACCGCUCUCCUCUUCCAUCUCGCCGUUACCCUUCUCCUGGUGGCUCACCCCUCCGCCGCCGCAAGGCAGCUCCCCCAGUCUUCCACUCCGGACUCGUCUUUUCCCUUUCAGUACCACGACGGCCCCCUGCUCACCGGCAAAGUCUCCGUCAAUCUCAUCUGGUACGGCAGGUUCACUCCUUCCCAACGCGCCGUCGUCACGGACUUCGUCUCCUCCCUGUCCAAGUCUCCCGCCGCCCAACCCACCGUCGCCACGUGGUGGAAGGCCACCGAGAAGUACUACGACGCUGCGCUCAAGUCGUCGUCCAGGAAGGCCUCCCCGCCGCUGGUCCUCUCCGCCGGCGCCCAGAUCCUCCACGAGGAUUAUUCGCUGGGCAAGUCCCUGCAGGACCGCCACCUUCACGAGCUCGCCGCCCGCGGCGGUCAGAGAGACGCCGUCAACGUCGUUCUAACGGCGUCGGAUGUGUUCGUGGCCGGUUUCUGCACCAGCAGGUGCGGGACCCACGGGUCUCUAUUGAGUUCCAAAAUUGCCCCCGUCAAGGGGAAGAGUUACAAGUUUGCCUACAUCUGGGUGGGCAACUCCGAGAGCACGUGCCCCGGGAAGUGCGCGUGGCCUUUCCACCAGCCGAUAUAUGGGCCGCAGGCCCAACCAUUGGUGGCGCCCAAUAACGACGUGGGCCUGGACGGGAUCAUCAUCAAUUUGGCCAGCCUGCUUGCUGGGACCGUUACGAACCCGUUCAACAACGGGUACUACCAAGGGCCGGCGGAGGCCCCGCUGGAGGCUGCCACGGCUUGCACCGGAGUUUACGGAAGUGGGGCCUACCCAGGCUACGCCGGAAAUCUGUUGGUGGACGCCGCCACCGGCGCCAGCUACAAUGCGGUGGGUGUGAACGGAAGGAAGUAUUUGCUGCCGGCGCUGUUCGAUCCUUCGACGUCGUCGUGUUCUACGCUGGUCUGAGCUUCGGUUUUGUCUCGCCGGAAUUUAUCUGUCACCUCUUACAUAUUCUUUGAUUCAUUCGUUCUUUCUUUUUCGCGACUCAUUCAUUAACUAUUAGUGUAAUGAUAAUUACAGUAAUAUAAAGCCAUGUUUGGCACUUGGCAGAUCCGCCAAGAAUUGGCUGUUUGACUAUCAUUAAUGACUUGGACCUGCCAAAGAACAAAAAAAAUUGUUUGGUGGAUGGCUUUUGAAAUUGGCUUCUUAAUCUAAACAGCUAAAAAUGAAAAUGCGAGACCACCCAGCAUUUCAGUUUGGCAUUUGCGGAUCAUUCCUUU